GUCUCCCCCACCCUCCUAGUUCCUCCUCUCGCUCACACCCACCCCGCUCUCUAAUUGGAUUUCAUUACUGGUUCCUUUCAGUUUUUCCCUGCUGGACUUUGUCGUCGGGUCGGACAGCUCUCAGGGAUUUUCUUCCCCCUUUUUUUUUCGACACGCACAAACAUCAGAGGCAGCUCUCGGAGACCUCACAUCAACUGCCCUGACACUGCAAUGGCCUCGCCCAGACUUCCACCUCUGCUGCCCUCCCUCCUCCUCUUCCUCCUCUUCCUCCUCAUCCAAGUCUCCACCCAGCUGGAAGACAAUAAGAUCCCCCCCAGUCUGUGCACGGGCCACCCAGGGAUCCCCGGCGCUCCCGGAGGUCACGGCAGUCCCGGUCAGCCGGGGAGGGACGGCCGGGACGGGAGGGACGCCGCCCCCGGGGAGAAAGGAGAGAAGGGCGAGCGAGGAGAAGCAGGUGAGACCGGAGCGCGAGGCUUCACCGGAGACCGGGGGGACCGGGGGGAGAAGGGGGAGCGGGGCCCGUCGGGGGAGUGCGCCGUGGCUCCGAAGUCGGCCUUCAGCGUCAAGCUGUCCCAGCAGGGCCUCACUCUGCCGCUGUCCGUGGGCGACGCCGUCCGCUUCGACACCGCCGUGAUCAACGAGCAGGCGGACUACAACACCGAGACGGGCCGCUUCACCUGCAAGGUCCCGGGGGUCUACUACUUCGCCGUGCACGCCACGGUGUACCGGGCCAGCCUGCAGUUCGACCUGAUGAAGAACGGCCACGCCGUGGCCUCGUACUUCCAGUUCUACGGGAACUGGCCCAAACCGGCGUCGCUGUCGGGCGGCUCCAUGCUCCACCUGGUGCCUGGAGACCAGGUGUGGGUCCAGAUGGCGCUGUCCGAGUACAACGGCUUCUACGCCAGCACCAAGACGGACAGCACCUUCAGCGGCUUCCUGGUGUACUCGGACUGGAAAAACUCUGCCGUGUUUGCAUGACGUGCGCUCAUGGAGAAAAGAAAGUCUGAUCCCCCCUGAGGAGGACAGAGCUAUUUCUGUAGCCUGUUUAGUUUCCUGGAUGGAGAGGUUCUGCGUGGCGAAGAGGAAAUGCGGCGGGCUUGAACAGCGCGUAGCGUCGCGGUCGAGGUGUGAGGGAUUAACGCCGAACGCCUGUUCCUAACUAGCAGCCUUUAGCCUUCUGUGACAUUUAGUUCCUGUAGCAGAUGUCGUGACAUUGGCCGGGUCGUUUGCUCCGGGCCGCAAACCCAGACCGCUUCGAUAUUCUCACUGUGCAGCGUUUCAGCGAACAGCAAACAUGAAUAAAUCUGUAGAACUCCUCAACGUUUACAACCUUUUUCUCUGUUGGACUGGGGUUGAAAACCAGGGGGGCAGAUGUUUCCAAUAGGACGGGGUCACGGGCAGAUAAAGGCUUUCCCAGCAUGCCUUGCUUUCUGUAAUUCCCAAAAGGAAC